AUGGCUGGGCCAAGCUACAUGAAGACGAAGUGUGGGCCAGUACUGAGGGCAUGGAGGGCGGAGGUGAACUUCCAAAUGCCUUUGUAUUGGUUGACGGCCGCCCCCCUUGGCCUGCAGCGCUUCUUUCGGGUUUUCAGCAAAGACUUGGAAGACUGGCCCUUCUUUGAAGCCUUGCGCUGCGCGGAAGCCAAUGGCGUGACGUGGCGAAAGCUCCCGCAAGGCUUGAGGCCCAAGCCCCUCAUGGAGUUGGCCUGGCUGAGUAGUUGGCACUCACCGGAUGGCACCCUGAUGGAGGCACCAGCUUUGCUCCAUGAAGAUCACAGGAUGGACUUGAAAGAUGAGCAUCUUCCGAGACUUUGCGUUGCAUCCAUGGUCAGGGCUCAAUCAGCGAAGCUGCUGGAGAGCUUGAUUCUUCAGCAUCACGGAAAUGGAUUUCAGCAAGUGAUGCUGUAUUUUGAUGCCCCGGAUGAGGAAGGUGAGGCUGAGGCGAUUGCAGCUGUUGAAGCGUUUGCAAGACCACUACCAACAGGUCCAAAUGGCCUGCUGUGUUCCGCAGUUGCCAUUCGCUGCACUGAGGAGUGGUGGAGGGAGGCGCGUGAGACGUCGAGAUACUAUUUGCGAGAGGAUCACCCGCUGGAACUCUACCGUGAAACAGCACACCUUGAUGCACACAUCAAGGAUGUUCAAGCGCGCCAAAUGAUUUGUAUCGAGCAUGCUCUCUUCACCGCACAAAAGGAAGGCUACCAAUGGCUACUUCAUGUGGAUGCAGAUGAAAUUUUGUUCUUUCCUGACCAGGAGAGACAUGAUGAUGCCCGGAAAUUCUUUGCUGAGGUUCCACUUCAUUUUUCGGCUGUGCGCUUUGCCAACCUCGAAGCAGUUCCGGAAGUCUUAGAAGUGGAAGAUCCCUUUGAGGAGGUCAGUCUUUUCAAGAUGAAUCCAAUGCUGCUUGAAGAGCUGGGCGUCGAGCCUCGCAUUUUGUAUUCUGGAGAAGUGGCGGAUGAAGACCAAGAGCUUGAGCCAGACCUCUAUGCGCGCAAACACGCGGACGCGGUUCCCGGAGGCCAUCCGCAUGGAUAUGUGCGGCUUCCUCGAAAGGAGAGGCACGCUCUUCGUCGCUUAUUGGGCAUCAUGCAUGAGAUUGCUGCCAAGAGAAGUCCUGUACUGGAAGGGCUGGGCGUGAGUCUAAGCCCAAUCGAACAGCGUCAGAGCACUGAAGACGACUCAAGUGAUGAUGAGAGUUGCCAUGGGCCACGGCCACACUGUCCUGCCUUUUUUAAUUCCUACUCCAAUGGCAAGUGUGCAGUAAGGACGUCUAUUGGGCCACGAGGUGAAUUGCCACCACUGCCAGCAGGUGUUCAUGGAUUUCUUCGUGAUGGAGGGAUGACUCUCUACACCUUGCUUUGCAAGGGGCCUGGUGCACCGGUGGUGCUUCACUACGCCAACUGUGGCUUCAACUUGUGGCGCCAGAAGUAUGACGUUCUCUGCAAGGACCACGGCACGGAAGAUGGCGCAUUUUCCACCAGGAGGCCUGGCAUUGGCGAAAUCCGUUCUCACAUCGCCACGAGGCAACUCGUACUCAAAGGAAAUCAGGAAGAACUGCAACGAUUCUACAGGACCUUUGUGGAGGGGAACAACUACGAUGAGCUCGCUUACUUGGCCCAGUUUGGCUUGGUUCUUCGACUCUCCCGACCUCGUGAAAGGCGGGUGGGUCGGUUCAGCCAACGACCGAGGGUGACCGAGGUCAUUGGAGGUCCAGACAGCAUUCUUGCUCCUAGUAGCGAUGCCCUUUGCUCCUAG